GGUCUCGGAGCGGGUUCUCGGCUCGGAGCAGAGCUCCGCCUGGGUGGUCUUUGCCAUGACUACCAAACAAACUAAAAGGAAAGAGGUGCACCGCAUCAACUCCGCUCAUGGCCCGGAAAAAGCUAAAGAUCUUUACACUUUUGGCGGUAACGUCCAAUCGAGUUCUGCUGAACAGAAGAAGGGCAAAUUCCCAAUCUGGCCAGAGUGGAAUGAAGCAGACAUAAAUGCAGAAAAGUGGGACGCAGGCAAAAGUGGAAAAGAAAAGGACAAAAGUGGAAAAAGCCCUGUAUUUCAUGUGUUUGAAGACCCUGAAGGAAAGAUUGAAUUACCACCAUCACUGAAAGUUUAUUCCUGGAAACGUCCCCAGGAAUUUCUAUUUAAUCGGACUCCAGUAGUUGUGAAAAAUGAAAUCCUGAUUGACUUGUUUUCAGCAAAUGAACAUUUAUUCUGCAGUGAGCUGAUGAGAUGGAUUAUCAGUGAACUCUCCGCUGUGUGGAAGAUAUUCAAUGGGAGUGUUUUAAGCAAUUAUUUUAAAGGAAGUGCUGGGGAGCCACCUGUCCUCAACUGGAAGCCCUGGGAACACAUCUACUCUCUGUGCAAGGCUGUGAAGGGGCACAUGCCUUUGUUCAACAGCUAUGGAAAGUACAUUGUGAAACUCUACUGGAUGGGUUGCUGGAGAAAGAUAACUAUUGAUGAUUCUCUGCCUUUUGAUGAAGAUAACAAACUCUUGCUUCCAGCCACAACCAAUGAAUUUGAGCUCUGGCCAAUGCUCUUGUCUAAAGCCAUAAUUAAGUUGACAAAUGUUGACAUCCACAUAGCAGAGAGGCGAGAACUGGGGGAGUUCACUGUUAUUCACGCCCUCACAGGAUGGCUCCCUGAAGUGGUUUCUAUCCACCCAACAUAUACAAACAGAAUUUGGGACCUCUUAAAAGACAUAUUGCCUGAGUUUAAGCUGACAGAAGAAUACAGUUCUGAAAGCAAAAUUACAGUGACAGAACCCAAAGUAAAAGAACCUGGGAAGGAACUGAAGGAUAGCAAAGAUGUGAAGGAUGGGAAAGAAGGAAAAGAAGUGAAAAAUGGCAAAGAAAUUAAAGAUGGAAAAGACAGCAAAGAAUCCAAACCUGAAAUUUCAUUGACAACACUAAAAGUGCCUGAGAGAAGUGACAGAAUUCCCAAGGAAAGAUCAGAUGUAAAAGACAUUGGGAAAAAGAGGAGUAAAGAUGGAGAGAAGGAAAAAUUCAAAUGGUCAUUUCAUGGUUCAAGACCCUCCUCAGAAGUACAGUACUCUCUGCAGUCUCUGUCAGAUUGUUCUUCAGCAAUACAGUACCCUCACAUGGUUGUCUAUGCUACUUUCACACCUCUCUAUUUGUUUGAAAGGAAGAUAUUUUCAUUAAAGAAGAUGUCCAGUUCUUCUGAGAAGCUUAGAGAAUACGGCCUUUCCCACAUCUACAGCCAUCCUGUGCUGGUCACUCGAACGAGAUCUUGUCCUCUAAUCGUACCACCGAAAUCACCUCCUGUACCUGCCUGGAAGCUCUUUCGCCAAAAAAAGAAGACUGUUAUAACAGAUGAACCGAAAGAAGUAGUGAUAAAGAAGCCUGACCAGUUUAUUGAGAUAUCAAGUCCAUUUUUGGAUUACAGAAUGACUCCAUUUACAAUUCCAAGAGAAACUCAUUUUGUACCAUCUGUUAAGAAAGCACCUACCUUAUCUUCCCUUCCUGAAAAUGAUGAAAUGAUAACCUUUAGCCAGACCGAAUUCAAUCAUUUGACCAAAAGUACAUCUCAGGGUAAUUUUGUUUCACAAGUUGCAGCUGGAAAAGAUGAACUAACAGACAUGGGAGUGAAUGAUGCUGUCCACCAAUCUGAGGGAUUUAGCUUGGAAAGAGAGGUGGUCAGCUUGAGCACAGCAGCACAGGAAAAAUCACAGGAGGAACUAAUAGCAAUGAAUGUGGGUAUUUCCAAUGAAAUAUGGCUUGAUUUUGAAGACUUCUGUGCAUGUUUUCAGAAUAUAUAUAUUUUCCACAGGCCAAAUUCAUAUUGUAUUAACUUUCAAAAAUCAGAAUUUAAGUUCUCAGAUGAGCGUGUGUCCUACUAUUUAUUUGUGGACAGUCUAAAACCUAUUGAGCUCCUGGUUUGCUUUUCAGCCUUGGUACGCUGGGGAGAAUCUGGAGCUUUAACAAAAGACAGUCCUCCUGUAGAGCCUGGACUCCUCACAGCUGAAACAGUUUCUUGGAAGUCUGUGAAGGCACGUGAUCCCAUACUGAAGAUUCACACCUAUGCCACCAAAGCCACUGUGAUCCGCCUGCCUCUCGGGAGACACAUGCUGCUCUUCAAUACAUAUUCCGCAGUCGGACACUCGAUUCACAUCUGCAGUAUGGUCACUUUUGUCUUUGGGGAUGAAGACAAUGUGCUUCCCAACUUUGAGCUGGAGAGCUACCGGUUCACAGAGCAGGCGAUGGUCAUUAUGAAAGCUGUUGGCCACGUGAUUGCUAAUUUCAAAGAGAAGGAAAAACUGAACGCAGCCCUGAGGGACCUCCACGCUGUCCUCUACCCCAGAUGCCUCCACGACAAAGUGCUGGUGGCGCAGCACUUCCGGAUUUUUCAAAUUUCUUUAUGGCGGUUAAUGAAAAAAGUUCAAUCAGCAAAACCUCCCCUGAACUUCAAAUUUGCAUUCCGUGCCAUGAUCUUGGACAUGGAAUUACUCGAUUCCUCCUUGGAAGAUGUCUCCUUAGCGGAAUGGGUAGAUACUAAAUAUUCUGUGCCAGUAAGUGAUAAAGAGUAUUCUCCUGAGGAAGUAUCAGCAGCAACAAAAAUUCAAGCCAUAUGGAGAGGGACCUAUGUUAGAUUGCUUAUGAAAGCCAGGACACCAGACACAAAGGAAAAUACCAGUGUUGCAGAUACUCUACAGAAGACUUGGGUUAUGCUAGAGCAGAAUCUAGAACAAUAUGCAACCUCUCUCUUAAGACUAAUGUUUAAAAGCAAGUGUGACUCCAUGAAAGCUUAUCCAUGCUAUCAAGAUGAAGACACUAAGAUUGCUUUUGUUGACUAUACUGUGACUUAUGGAGACCAGCCACCCAAUAGCUGGUUUAUAGUAUUCAGAGAAACAUUUUUAGUUCCUCAAGAUAUGAUUUUGCUUCCCAAAGUAUACACUACACUUCCAGUCUGCAUGCUUCACAUCGUUAACAAUGACACAAUGGAGCAAGUGCCAAAGGUGUUCCAAAGAGUGGUGCCUUAUUUGUACACCAAAAAUAAGAAAGGAUACACAUUCGUGGCUGAAGCAUUUACUGGUGACAUGUAUGUGUCAUCUUCACGAUGGAAACUGCGCCUCAUUGGCCCUUAUAAUCCACUCCCAUUCCUUAUUCGGGAAUUCCCCUGCAAUACCUUUGCUGUAAAGGAAAUCAGAGAUUACUACAUACCCAAUGAUAAGAAUAUUUUAUUCAGGUAUUCAGUUAAAGUCUCAUUAUUAUAUCCUAUUACCAUACAUGUACGCACAUCCAAACCUGAUGCAUUCAUCAAGCUACAGAUCCUCGAAAAUGAGGAAACUAUCAUCAGCACUACUGGAAAAGGCCAAGCUAUCAUCCCAGCAAUUAACUUCCUGGGCGAAAGGGCUUUGAGCUCCCAGUCUAGCAAGCAACUUCUAUCAUCUCAUUCUUCAUCCAAGAAAGAACAAGAAGUGUCUGUUAAGAAGAAAUCUACUGCUGGAAGUCAGAAAUCCUACAAGAGCAGGCCUGGAAGUGCAAUAGCAGACAUUGGUAUGUCUGUUAUGGAUGAAGAGUCUACCAGUGUGUCUACCACAGAAGAAUCUGUGGUCACCCCACAGCAGAAUUCCAAGUAUAUUAUACAAUGUGUGGUAUUGUAUAACAGCUGGCCUCUCACUGAAAGUCAAAUGACAUUUGUUCAAGCACUAAAGGACUUAGAGAAAAAUGACACCAAAGAGAAACAUGAAGAAUUAAUUACCUUUGGAAAUCCAGAUAUCCAUACCCCUAGCGAGGGACAGAAAUCUACAGGAACUUCCAAAUCAACAAGGAAAGGCAAAGAAAAGUCUGAAAAGGAAAAGAUAGCCAAAGAAAAACUAACACCUCGUUUUGAGCCUCAGAUAGCCACGAUUCACUCUCAACAAGAAGACCCAAAUAAACCCUACUGGAUUCUGAGGCUGGUCACUGAACACAAUGAAGCAGAGUUUAUUGAAGUGAAAAAAGAUACAGAGCGAGCAGAUGAAAUCCGUGCUAUGAAGCAGGCCUGGGAGAUGGCCGAGCCAGGACGGUCAAUUAAGGCUUUGCAGGCUCGUCUGCGUUACGUGACCAAGUAUCUUAAGAAAAUACCUGAUGCUGAGAAUGUCUUUGUGUCCGAAAGCCAGAUUAAACCACCGGAAGAAGUGGAAACAUCUUCAAGUGCCUUGAAAGAGCCAGGCUCCAAGAUUUCUGAGCGUUUGGAAACCAGAGAGACCAUACCAUCAGGCUCCUUACUGUGGAAGAAGUGGCAAAUGACUAAGGGUUUCAGGGAUCUGGCAAAAAUGAUGAACAAUGAAAGUGGAAUAUCUGCAGCAGGGAAGGAGGAACGAGAACAGAAAGAAAAAGGGCCUUUUUCACAAUCCCUGACAGUUUUCACAGUGUCUCCACAACUUAUUCAGAAAGAGCUAGAGAACAUAGACAUAACUCAAUACCUACGGAAAACAGAAAGUGAGCCUGUGCUGCAAACAGAGGAACUCAGCCAGCAGCAGGCAAUGGAAAAGGCAGAGGAGAUUCAUCAGUUCCGGCAAUACAGGACCAGAAUCCUUAGUAUCCGAAACUGGAACCAAGAGCAAAGGUCUCAGUUAAAGGAAGAAAUCCUGAGGAUGUAUGGAGAAAUGCGGGAUUCUUUAGAUGAUGAGCGGCAGAAGAUCUUCCACAUCAGGGAAGAGUACAGAAACAAGCUGCUGGAAGCUGAGCGCCUCCGACUGGAGGAGCUGGCUGCAGAGGAAGCCGCAAAGCGGGCUGAGCCAGAGAAGAAGGCACAGGCCCCUGAUGGGCAGAGAAAAAAGAAAUCAAAGAAAAAGUAAGCAGGAGACGCUAGAUACUACUGUGCUUGUUCUAAAGAGGAAUUUAUUCCUUCUCCCAUUUAUUCCUUAUCCCUUAUCCAAAUUUAUUCUUUAUGCCAUGUGUAAUGAUCUGUGGCUUUGCCUGUUGGUAGAUAGGUAUUGAGAAUAAUUUUUUCUAUCUUAGGAAUAGUUUCUGUAUUUUAAUGUU